AUGGGGAUGCACCGAAACAAUAAUGAGAACGCACCUCCGGGAUACGAGGAGGAUGCCGAGGACAGCCGACUUGUCAGGAACGCGAGCGUGGGGAAGAGGGCCAAGCCUACGUUGGUAGCGGCGACGAGUCCACGCGUUGGGAAUGGAGGAGGAUGGGCUGGCGAGAACCAAGGAACGGGUCCCGGUCCGACGACUCCUGGUACGCCCUACCGAGACCCUUUCGCUACAGGGACGGGUUAUAUCGAGCACUCCAGCUCGUCAAGUGCCAAGACUCCACAGAUUGGUUCCGCCAUCACGACAGAUGCGAUUUUGGAUGCGUAUGAUAAUGCCAGCUCAUAUGACCAGACUUCGUCGUCGAACGAGAGGAUGCCUGGAGGAGGAGGACGAACGUACAGUCGGUUUUCGGCCAUUAGGAGACCGCCCAAUCUCGACAUGGAUGCCGUCCGCAAAGCCCAGGCCAGGGGAAGUUUGACGAGUCUUUCGGAGCUGAUACGGCGAGCGACUCGGCUGGAACAGAGUUUGGAAAACGGCAAGAGACCUGCGAGUAGGAUCGAGGAGCAGCUGUAUGAUGAGUUUGGGUCCGAGAAGGAGAUCUCUGUAGAAAACGAAAAACACCAAUCCGGCUUCUCGGACAUGCUCGCCGCCUUCCCACCUCCCGCUCACCCGCAAAUCCCACCCCGCCGCUUCCGCGAUAGUCUUCGAGACCAAAUCCAAUCAUGGCCUCUAGCAGCUCUCAACCGCUCACCCAACAACAACUCCCGCGGCGACGGCAGCGACGGACCGCCCAGCGAUGGCAGCAACGGCUCCCAUAAAAAGCCCGGGCGACGGAUCUGCCGCCUGCCCGUCUGGGGCUUCAUCCUCCUCCUCACCGCCAUCGUCCUCCUGACAGUCGCAGCCGUGGUCAUCCCGCUCGAAUUCCUAGUGCUCCAAAAACACAAGGGCGCCGGCUCCGCCCAGCAACAGCUGCAGCAAUGCCAGCAGCAAGUGACCUGCGAAAACGGCGGGACGAACAUCGUCUCCCAAGGGUUCUGCUCCUGUAUUUGCCGAAACGGAUUCACGGGCUUCAACUGCAACGCCAUCGACACGUCCGGAUGCAGCGCCAUGACGUGGUCCGGACUGGACGGGGACGCAGCCACUAUUGGAGCAGCCAUCCCGCGGUUGGUGACGUACUCUUACCAAAACUUUUCAAUCCCUCUCGAUGGAAGCGAGAUCGUAGCCAAGUUCAACCGGGAGGGACUGUCAUGUGGAGCGCAGAACGCGCUGGUUACGUUUGACGGCAGAGCACUCAGACAAGGCGAUGCACAGAGUCAGGUGGUUAGUUUGGAUGCUGCUAAUGAUGCUGAUGGGAAUGGAAAUGGGAAUGGGAGUGGGGGCUUGGGUGAUGUAAAUGCGAACGCGGCUAAUGUUAUUGUGGAUGGAGUGGCGAUUACGACGAUUUCGGUGCUGGUUGGACAGUUGACGACCAUCACGCUUGAGGCGCCGUUGCCGGCUACCUCAGUGCCCGUGGCGUCAGUGCCGGCGGCUACGACGAGUGCUGCUGCUGAUGGGGAUGGGAGUGGUGGUGGUGCUGCAGGAGGAGGAGGAGGAUCAGGGAGUGGCGAGACUGCUGGUUCUGGUAGUGGUAAUGGAGGGGCUGGUGCUACUGCUACGGCUACUGCGGGAAGUGGGAGUGGAAGCGGCUCUGGGUCAGGUUCUGGUAGCGGUUCGGGCAGUGGGAGUGGUUCGGGCUCCGGCUCCGGCUCAGGAAGCGGAAGCGGCAGCGGUUCUGGCUCAGGCUCCGGCUCUGGUUCCGGUGACGGCACCGGCUUCACAACCAUAACCACAACCGGCACCGGCUCGGCGAGCUCCACACGAACCAUCGCGACCACUCUGACCAUGGCCUCCCAAGCUCCCGGUUCCAGCCAGACCUUUUUUGUCACCGAAGAGAUCCUCGACUUCGCUAGGGUCGCGGUCCUCUACAUCCUGCAGGAGGAAGACCUGGCCAGAGCCGAGGAAGCGCAGACGGCGAUCCAAAAGGUGUUUUCCCAAGUCAGCGCGGCGAUCCUGAACGAUGGGAGUAACCCCGUCAGUCGGGACACGGCGCGGAACGUUACCGUGGGGAAUGGCAAUACGAUCGACUUUGUGGACUUUACGGUUGAUGUUGGGGAGGGAAAGCUGGUGGGGGGUGAGUCGCAUCCUGCUACGAGACUGAGGUUACGACGGGCGGCUGUAGAGGGUAUUGGAAGUGGGAUGUUGGGGUGGUUUUGUUUGACAUGA